AUGGAUGAAAUCUUUGGUGAAAUGAAUUGCAGAUUUGGAUCUGAUUCAAUAAUGAUGAAGCUUCUGAAAUCCUCCAUGGACAAAGCACACGAAAGACUGAAAUCCAAAGACGGUCCUAUUGAGCGCUUGAAUGAGAAAUCAAAAUUCUAUGAGUUGGCCAUAAUCCAAUUGGAGGGUAGUUUGAAGCUAGUUCAAGAAGAGACAGACAGCUACAUUCUCGAAAGCAGCCAUGAAAUCCUCUCAGACCUCAUGGAAAUCAAGGACAGGCUUCGCAGACGCCUCAAGGAGACGAAGCUCGCCAUUGUCAAGAAAGACGAAGAGCUAAAGGAGAGUUCGGAAAAUGAAUUCAAGCUAAGACGAGCAUUGGCAUUGAAAGAAAAAGAGUUAGCUUCUCUUGGCGCCAAUUUUGAAGAAGCCGAAAAACCAAAGAAAGAGGGUGCUAAUGAAGGUCAAGAAGGGGACAUUGGUGAGCUGAAAUUCUGUGUGGAUCAGCAGGUUUGGAAUAUCAAGCAAAAGCUUGAGGACGAGAGAAUGAAUCUAACAAACGAGAAUAAGGAUGUGGAGCUCAAUGGGGAUGAUGGUUUCGAAGUGAAGUCCCUGAAUGUGUCUUUGAGGCCGGAGCAGAACAUGGUGAUUGAAAGAGUGAGCUCCGACAUAGACAUUUUGAAAGGGACAUUGGAUGUUGCCUUUGAGAAGAUGCAAAAUGCUGAGGUCUUGCCCUUGGAGAAGCAAUGGAGGUGCAACAUUGAGAAAGACACAGUCUCGAUCUUGAUCAGAGGCUUCAUGGGCGAUUUCCAGCAGAAUUUCAAAGGGGACUUGAGCAAGAGAGGCAGCCAUGGCGCUGUAGGGUUGUUGGACAGUGUGUACUGGCCGGGAUUGGUCAAUGAGAUGACAAGCUUGCGUCGUGAACUUGAGGCCCUUAGUGGUCACAAUGAGGUGCAGGUGAGAAAGGCGAAAGGGAAUGAGAGUUCUGGCCUUCCACCACGGAUCCAAAGAGCAAACAGUGAGCCCUUACUGGAGGUGGAUUAUACGGAGGAUCACCAUGAGGAGGACUCGAGAGAUGAGAGAAGCCACUAUGUUGCGAAGAUGGUGAAGAAUCAUGAGUCCAUUAUAAGGAAACAGCGCGAGGAGUUGCAAUGGCUGAAGAGAGAAAUACUCCGAGAGAAGGGACUAUCUGGCAAGAGAGACAAGGACCCCAAUGGCCUUGAAAGAAGGAUCCGAGAAGUGAUUGUAAGAUUGGACAAUGUCAUUCAAUGGAAUCCCAAGUCAGGUAACAAGAAAGGUCUUUAUGAGGAGGACAGUUCUCGAGAGAAAAGGAUAUCAAAAAAUGAUGUAGCAACAAAUGUUUGUGAAAAAGACUUAAAUGACAAGAUUAGGAAACUAGAACAAGAGACAGAUGAUUUGAAUUUACGAACCACGAUCAGGGAAGAAGCUUAUAUGAUUCUGUUGAAAGGUUUGAUGAGAGACUUUUGCUUUGAGUUAUGUGAUUACGACACCAUGAGUUUGAUAAGGGAUGAUAUUUGUUUACAUUUCUUGAAAGAGGAAAUAUAUUACACCCUAUGCAGUGAGGCGGUGAAGGAAAUCGAUGGCCAUCUUCAUGGCUUCGCCCAUUUUGCAUUAAGCCAAGAUCAAGAGGUCAGAGUUCUGGAAAAUUUUCAGGACAAUUUCAAAUGUGUUAGCAAUUUAUCCGAAACCAUCAGAAGCUCAUUGAAGGAAAAUGAGCAUAGGUUGUUCUUUAGAGAAAUGGUCAAGGCAUGGAAGAUGGAAAGAGAUGGAAAUGACAUUGAGAACCUCAUUAGAGAAGAGAUAUAUCAGCUUGUCAUUGUUGAGGCAGUGAAGGAUGCUAAUGUCUUUCUCAGAGAAUGUGAAGCCGUGAACAAAGACAAAAAGUUGGACCUGAGUUUAGAGAUCAAGGGAGAGGAAAACUCGAACCGAGAACUAAAUUCUUUGUUGAGAUGUUUCGAAGUGGAGGAAGAUUUGAUGCUGAGUGCAAUAUCUGAAAUAAAGGAACACAAUGCUCAACAUGACCUUGUGGGGAUGGAAUGUGAAGAGCCAGAGCGCGUCACCAUCGAAUGGUUGUUGACAGAGGAGGUGAGCACUUUCAGUUCAGUGAGUAGCAAGAUAGAGAAGGCUCUACAACAGCUGAUUAAGAGCAAGACAUUAUUGAGAGAGUUGGGAGGCAUAGCAGUUGGUGACUUAGAAAAUGUUCAAAUGGGCAUUGCAGAUAGCAAAAGUCACUCCUUUUCCCAACCAAAAGACAAUCAAGUUGUGCAAUUCUCACCAGUACUAGUGGACUUGGAUCAAAUGCCUUUCCUAAUGGGAAGGUUGGAAGAAAUGAAGCAUCAAGUAGAUCAGCUUGUUCAAGUUGUGCCAGUACUGAGAAAAAGGGAAUUGCUUUACAGGAAGGCUUUUGUGAGAAGAUGUCAUAAUCUAAAACUAGCUGAAACUGAGGUGGAUUUGCUAGGUGAUCAAGUGGAUGCACUUCUAGGACUACUUGAGAAAAUACACUUGAUAUUGGAGCAAUAUUCACCAAUAUUGUCGGGCUACUUUAAGGUUGCAGACAUCUUAAAGUUGAUCAAGAAAGAACUAACUCAUGGAGCUUCACACACACCCUGUUAG